AUGCGCAAGGAAUAUGAGAAGCACCUAUUCAAGGCCGGAGAUGCGGAGCCGCACCUCUUCGGGCUACUCAACGAGAUAUUGCAUCUGACGGUUGUCUCUCAAUCGCAACCCCUAGGGCGAAGGCAUGGGCUGCUCAGCGAGCAUGCAGGGUCUGCGCCUAAGCGGCGCUCUGACGCGGCAGACCCACAACGCCCCAAACGCAACUGCAACGUGUUUGUAUACGGCGAUAGCUCAUUUGGGCAGAUGAGUAUCGCAAAGCACGCUGCGGAAUAUUUAUCGCAAAGUGCCCAUGUAAUCGGUCUUGAGCCGACUGGUACCAUGACUGAGCAUAUGACGGAUGUCAACGACCUGCUGGGGAUGUUCGGCGACUACGCAUCCCAUGACAGCGUCUACCGAAACACGCAGAUGACCUACAAACUGAAUUUCGACACUGAUCACAAACUCACAUCGAUCAGCGUGGUGCCAAAUAUGGCCACGGACACGUCAUGCGCUGCGGUGUCGUCUAGGUAUCGGAGCUACCUGGCCAGCAGGAAAAAGGAUGCGGCGCUCCACGAUGUUGUGGUACGACCGCCAACUAUCUUCUACGCAUUGCUGCGCGGCAGCAUCCAAAGCAAUUUCCGGAGGUGGUUGGCAACGUGCAGGCUUACGGCCAGAGACGCAAGGCUCAUACUGCAAAUGUUGCCCGAGCAUGAGGAAUCGCAGCAUGAUUGGCAUCUGAAAAAUCUCGAACGGGCCAUACGCAUCCUAUUAAAGAUUGGAUUCGGCGGUGACGAGAUUCAGUCGAUCAUGCAGAUUCUGGCAGCGGUACUGCUGUUCGACACCUGCACGAUGUUGCGUGCUAGGAAUGCCGACAAUGAGCAGCAGUCGGCAUCAGGCAGAUCCGCUUCACAGGCGGAGAGCCAGCGUACGGAUCAGGGUGCAAAGAACAAAGUAGAUGGUUCCGGUAGGAUGAGCGUUAGGUCCGAUGCGCCAAAAGCAUCGUCCCGAACAGCCACUGGCCGGGCCUCGCAGGACGGCGGUGGCGUUCUCAACCCGAAGGAUAUUCUCGUGUUCGCUGCGGAUGUGCUGGAUAUACCGUUCUUCAGAGUGCCAGCAAAGAUGCUGGGGUCGCAAGAGCAGCUCUUCAGACUCGACCUGCUAUCGUCGGAUAAUCUGGCGCAAUUCGAGAAUCUGCCAUCUGCGCUCUUCGUGCGCUUAAAGGUCGCCAUCUACCGGAAAAUAAACAGUUUUUUAGAUCUUAAGCGUGGAUCUGUGGUGCGCACCACAAUAUCUAUCCACUGCAACGCCGGGUGCUUUCCCCGAUCGCUACGCGUCGAUAAGCACGGAGACCUUGAGCUGGCCAGGCGUGCGUCGGAGGAGGCCUUUGUGGACAAGUUCAUCACUGCUGCCAUGCAACGUAGCAACACCUCCGCUGUUGACAUGGAUACGGCGAGAAGGAGUCGCAAGGCCGUGGCCGCGUUGAGCGGCGCCACGGGGCUGCUCGGCAGGGUUGUAGUGAUUGCGCAUGAUCUGUCCGACGAGACAAACGCCGACAAGUCACGGGAAAUCACUAAGCUGGAAACAGUGGAGCAUUCGUGGCACAAAGUGGAUUACGACAUCGCAACCAUCGCGCACGAGGAAGCCAAGAUGUUCACGAUUCCAAGCCGCGUAGUGCGGCUGUUUGCGUAUUCGAAGAACAAGUUCAUCAUCGACCUGCUGGUCUCCAAAAGGUCGUUACACAACGUGUCGGGUGCAUGUGCCAGCGCCCUCAGCUACAUGACGUUCCUUGACACGAGUAUCGCAGACAGCGAUGAAUCCCACUUCAUCGUAUGCACCAGCCCAAAGCUGACGCGUAAGCUUUACAAAAAGGUUUGUGAUAGGUAUGAUGUCGAUUACACUUUUUAUCAGCACGAACAUCACUCGACCAGAACAAGUCGAUCGACCGAGGAAGAUGAGGAUGGCGAGCACAAGGAAGACGGACCUGAGGAGGCAGACGAACAGCAAGCAGAAUACAGUGACGAGGAUGACAUGACGCUACUUGAGCGGGCAUUAUCGACGAACGUGCCGUUGCUGAAGAUCUGUGUGACACAGCGCGACCAGUCGCAGGUGACCCUUGACAUAUCGGCUGCGCUGGGCGCGUUCCUCCCGCUGGCGUACGUGGCAUUGCACUGCUCUGCGCAUCGCAACAUACCGCUUAUGGAUGACAAGGUCGCCCUCAUGCUCCUGCUACACUCAUUCAACGUGCCGACCUCGGCGUACAAGAUCUCGGGGAAGACCGUUACCAUGAGGCGGGCGCUAUGCGUCAAGAUCCUGGCGCGUGCCUUCAAGUACCUGAACGAGGUGCUAGGAAGCGUGCGGUUGAUACAGCGCUGGUGGUUCGGGUACAACGUCAUCAAACUCAAGGAGAAACUCGCCCGGACGGUGGUGCGCAUGCAGGCGCGCGUAAGAGAGCGGCUGUUCCAGGAGCACGUGCAUACCCGGGCAAAAGCCCGCGAUCUCAGCACGGAUUUCAUAGGUCUAUGUGUGGUCCUGUACCACCUCAAGGUGAGCUUGCUCUCCUCAUCGCAGAAAACGCUGCAACUCCUGCAUUCGAUGGAGAAACGAUACCACGAGAAGGAGUAUCACCACAUACAGCACGCCGCUGCAGCGUAUAUACAGGCAUGCUGGCGUGGCAGGGUGCAGAGGAAACGAUACGCCCAGAUGCGUGUCGAACAGCUCGAGGAUUUUGCUGCCACGCUUGUGCAGUCCGUCAUCAGGCGAUUCCUGGCGACUGCGAAGCUGGUCCAGCAGAAACCUACACGGGACAUAGCGGCGACGGCGAUCCAAGCUGCGUACCGCGGGUAUCGUGCGCGGCGCCAAUACGAGGUGCUCAAUGGACUCAAAUUGGCGCUUUUGUCGAUAGUGCGGAAGGGAUCGAAGCUGCUAAGCCUGGGGGACCACCUCAAGUUCGUAAAGGAGCGCAAGAGAUACAACUCUACCACAAUGCAGAUGAAGAAGCUCAUCAUGAUGCAGACUAAUCUACCCCCUGGAUUCACCAAGGUGCAGAACAUGAUCCGAAUGUACUUCGUGCGCAAGCAAUACCUCCACUUGCGGUCGGCCAUCGAGAAGGUGCAGGCGCUGGGGAUGACCAAAGUGGCGCGCAUAAGGUACCUCGAGCAGGUCAAGGCGGCCACCACGAUACAGCGUUGGUGGCGCGGCGUUAGACGUCCUGGUGUUGCGCCGUUGUCGGGCAACGCGUUGUACUACCUCAACAUGAGAGAGUACACGGCCGCGGCGCCCCUGCGCGAGCUUUGCAAUGCGGUCGGGAUAACGCUGUUCCACUUCCGCGCGUACCAUGAUCUGCGGCACGUUUACCCGCGAUCGUGGGCAGCCGAAGCGAGCGGGAUACUGGAUUACUUAAUUCAGAUGCAGCUGACGCUCAUCGACACCGGGAACGCGGAAUGCCCACGCAUCAUCGGACUGCAGUUCGCGGUGGGGGCGUACCACAGUCUGAUGCUGGUAACGUAUACAGAAGGCGGCAAUACAGCGCUCUACUCAUGGGGUGGGGCCUCGGUGCUGGAGGCGGAAACGGCACCGCAUCCACGUCCAGCAGGAAACCGGCCGGGGAUGGCGUCCCCCGGCGGCAAACAACGGAAGCUGCAGACCCAGUACCUGCCUAAACCUCUGGAAUUCUAUGCAUGGGAUACAACGGAGCUCAUGGGCACGGGAAGACCGCAACUGGUGUAUAUGCCGCGAGUGGAGAUCGCGUCAAUCUCUUGUGGCAACGAAUUUUCGUUGGCACUGGAUCGCAACGGGAGGGUAUACAGUUGGGGCACGAACGUCCACGGGCAGUGUGGCCAGGGCCACCGGCUGACGUAUCUCUGGUCGCCUACGAUGCUGCCGUUGCGAGAGGUGACUGGGGUAUGGUGUGGUGAGGAGCACUCGAUUGUGCGGGUGUCCGUCGGCGGGUACUUCGUGUUCGGGCGGGCGUUUGGGUACGCCAUAUACGCCCCUGAGGACAUCAAGGCGCACUGUGACGCUGUACAACGGCAACGUAUAUUGGCGGUGGCGUGCGGCGGCAAUAUAACCGUGCUAUACACGGCCGAGCUCCGCUACGUGCUUCGCGUGCUGGGAGGUGGCCCCGCAUUUGCUGAGUGCUACAAUCUGCGAGGAAACAUCCACUCUGUCUGCACUAACGGCCGUAUGAUCUGCGCCGUGGUGGAUAAAACGGGCGAAGGAGGUGCCGUCGGCCAGCAGGUCCUGGCCUGGGGACACCUUCGAUGCUUCUCAAAACACUUCAAGGAGCCGCUGCCUAACACUGCGCUGCUCGUCAACGCUUUCUGCGAGAUGUUGGAGCACCCGGAGAGGAGACGGCCGCGAAGGUCGCUGGUCAAGGUGGAUUCGCAUUUAGCCAAGUCAUGCUUCCUUGCACUGCCCACCCCAGUGAACGUCGCCAAGCGCGUCAUCAGCGUCACCUGCGAUCACCAGCAGGUGCUGUUUACCUGCCUGCAGGGGGUGGUGCUCGGGUCACAGACCUUCGAACUGAUCCACGACAGCCCGGGGGACAUCCGCGACUCCGACGGCCACAGCAUACGGCUCAGCCCCCAGGUUACCAACGCCCGACUUGAGCCGGCGCUCUACCAGUUCGCCGCGCUGGAGCAGUCGGAAGCGCAGGUGCAGCUUGCCUAUAACCGGCUCUCCUGCUCCGUCGGCUACGUCGCCACGCCUACACCUGGCGACCAGACUGUUGUGUAA